CGUUCCCGAGAGUGCUCGGUAGAAAAUGGCGAGUCUGUGCAAGAGGCAGCAAUGUACGAUCGAGAGGCGAGGCUUUCGGCAGGAUCUUGAUUCGUGGCGGCAUAAACUCAUUCAUUGUGUAGGCAUUGAGAGCAUUCUAGAAGGGUUGUUUGGGUCGAGGUUGGUGGAGGACCUAACGCUAUUUAAAGGCAGUGAGCCCGAAGGCGGUACAGACUGGUCAUUUGACGAGAACUGCACGUUCUGCUGCGUAAGACGAGACAAAGUCAAGGAGCACUUAGUUGGCCUGAGCAACCAGGGGUUGGAGAGUGGGGCUGAACCCCUGCUGGUCAAAGACCAGACCAAGAUCAACAGACUUGAGAAACAAGCAGAGGAAUUUUUUAAUGCAGUCCUCUACAAAAAAGAUGUGCCCAGCUUCUCAGACCCGCACAUUCCAGGAGUGGCUCUGGACAUAAUGCAGAGGAUGAUCCGCCAGUUUGCUGCAGAAUAUACCUCAAAAAGUAGUUCCUCUACCCCGGCCUUCGGCUCCACUCCCAGGCCUGGUCCCCACGCAGACCAAAGCCUGCCUCCUCCUCCCCCCUCGCUGCCCACGGUGCCCCCAGCUGCCAGCCCUGGUGGUACUGCUAUCCCCUCCGUACCCAGCCAGAACCCCGUCCUCUCCAAGCUGCUGAUGGCCGACCAGGACUUGCCUCUCGACCUCACUGUCAAGAAGCCUCUGCCACAGCCUGUAGAACAAGAUGGAGUCCUGGACCUGUCACUCAAAAAGGGACGGGCCAAAAGCAGCACACCAUCGCUCCGCAGCCCACAUCUUUCCCAGACGUCCACUCUUAAAGGGCGUUCCCUGAGUGCUGACGGACAGGCCGGGCUGCCUAUGUGGAGCCUGCAGGAUGGGAGGAGGGAGAAUUUCAGCCACUCUGUCCCUUUAAAGCCCCCCUCGCCUCUCUGUCAUGCCCUGCACAUCAAACAGGAAGUGAACCUAUUUUCCAGCCCAGAGUUGUCUCCCAACCAGAACCAGAUGUCCAGAACCUUCGACCACCUCUCUCUCCUUUCCAGGUACGGCUCUCCGUCCUGGGCCUCCAAGACCCACUUCGGAGCCCUCCUGAAGCUCCGGGCCAACAGCAGAGCUGGAGACCACCUCAAAGAUCUACCCAGCUUGCUGGAGGCUGCAGGGCUCUUCACCAAGUCGCCCUCCUGUGGGAAGGCAAUCAUCCAGGAGGCCCCCAGAGACCCGGGCCUCUCUCUUUACCAUUCCCCGACCGUUGACCUCAAAAUCCCCCAGGUGAGAGGCCUUGGAGGCCUGGGGAUGGACUUCUGCUUGGGCUCCCUGAGCUCUGAUCCCUACAGGCUCCCCAGCCACCACUGUGAGAACAGCCUGGGGAAGAGGCAGAGGUCCAUCCUGCCCAAACACAGCCGCCUGGGAAGCAGUGGAGGAGAGAGGGAGUACUGGGCUUCAUCCGAUGCCGAGCGCCCUGCCUCUGGGGGGCAGUAUCCUACCUUUGACCCCGAGGCAGACCUCAGCAACAUGCAUCUGAGGAAAAAGAGGGGACGAUACCGUCAGUACAACGCAGAGCUGCUAGAGGAAGCUAUCGGAGUGGUGAUGGAGGGGAAGAUGAGCGUGUCCAAGGCUCAGACCGUCUACGGGAUCCCUCACAGCACGCUGGAGUAUAAAGUCAAGGAGCGCCUUGGCACCCUGAAACAUCCACCCAAGAAGAAGCUGAAGUUGAUGAGCCAUAUGGAUGAACCGGAGGCCCCAGAGAGCCAAGAAGUUCUGUAUGCGACCAUGGACUUUCAGUCUGUGUCAGCAUCCGGAGAGAACGGCAGGCAGCUGCUCAGUACACGCCUCUCCCCAGACGAAUAUGAAUGUCUGGAGCUGACGACAGAAAAGGCCCGGGACCUGCAGUCCACCUCCACGCUGGAGGAGUUCAUGACCAAGCUCUGUCUGCACCACCAGAGGCAGAUUGUCGACGCUCUGGGCUUCCUACAGACAGAGGUUAAGGCUAUAUCCUCCUCCAGUACUUCGCUAGCUUCUGCCUCCAAACCCUCUUGCUCAGUGGAGCACGGAGCCCUCCAGGGUCCUAGCCCUGCACCUUGCCUGCAGACCCCAGAGAGGGUGAGGACUGGUCACAAACUUCCCCUGGCUUCCACUCCAAAAGGAUCGACGGAGGGGCAAGAAAGGUUGGUAGCCCCAGAGCAGACUGCUGUGUUAAGAAAUGUUUCUGGGGCCGCUGGACCGGUCUUGGAUCUCCGUAAACCUGGCCCAGGGGAGUCUAAGACUUUGGCAACACUGUUCAGGAGCGCAGAUAACAGUGUGAGUAAACGUCUUAGUGACCAUGCUCCGCUAAAGAUCAAAAUCAUGAAGUCCAGCAGCCUGGCUGAUGGUAAAAAGCUAUCCUGUGUGCUCACCACCUCUCUUCCUGCUGGCGCCGGUACUUUGGAAGAAACGCAGGGCAUUUCUGACUCCUCAACCAGAGCAGAUACUUACAGUGCUGGACAAGGCUCCUCUGUGAAAAGGCACGAUCAUGCUGAUCGCUCAACAAGACAAAGAGGCUCCAUUGAACAUACCAAAGACACGCUGGUCAAACAAAGUCCACCUGAAAAGACCCCCAACAACAUACCCCCAGUUUCCCCCGGGACAGCAAGGAAGACCAUAAAGGGUUCUUCCUACCAUCGGCCUAGGGCCACUUCCUCAGUGUGUCGGUUUGUAACCGACCCUGAUCUCGGCCACUGCGACAUCGUCUACAUCGACAAACCAAUCACAGAGUGUUUCCGGGAACGGCAGCACCGUCUGCUCCCUCGACGCAACGCCAGGAAAAGCACCCGAGGUCACAUGUAUGUGGAAGAAAUGUGGGAGCUGAAGACUGUCCGUACAUUAGCUAAGACGUCUGCCCGCAAUGAUAGUGGCAACUGUCCCGCUCCAAUGCCAGAGCCCAUCACUCUGGUCACACCUAAACAGGUGCUUGGCAAGCCUGAGGGACUACCUCUUGUGGAUAUGCCUUUUGUUGAAGGUUUUGUGGAGACGGUCAGUCAGAAAACUCCUUCUGAGCUUCCAGCUGAAAGUGAGGUGUCGGGGGAUGUGGAGGCUGCAGCAGCAUCAGCCAGUGAGAUGGCACUGAUUGUUGAGACUAGUCAGACAGACCAGAGUCAGUGCAAAGAGCAGACUGCCCCUCCACCUCCUUCACAGAGUCCCCCAGUGGAUAACGAGCAGAGUACAGGGAAGAACUCGGAGCAGCCAAGGCGGAGCGUAGCACCAGAGGAUAAUCUAGCUCAGACUGUGGUCGAGACACCAGAUCAGGAUUUAAACAGUAUACACAAUUACAUCGUUUUAAGUGAAAACCCAGAGCAGGUGGUGAUGGGGAAAGAUGUAAACUUAUUACAGGACAAGACAUCAGAAGAAGCUGAGCUUGGCCAGGAUAUGCUGCAGAGUGUGCCAGAGGGCCAGAAAGUUGUCUCUGAAACCCAACAGGAAUCUGCAUCACUGACCCCUUCCCUGGAGAGCAAUGAAGACAAGGAGGUAGUGAGUGCAAUUGACAAAGAGGUAGUGGGUGCAGGUGCAGUUGACAAAGAGGUAGUGGGUGCAGGUGCAGUUGACAAAGAGGUAGUGGGUGCAGGUGAAGUUGUCAAAGAGGUAGUGGGUGCAGGUGCAGUUGACAAAGAGGUAGUGGGUGCAGGUGCAGUUGACAAAGAGGUAGUGGGUGCAGGUGCAGUUGACAAAGAGCAGGCCAUGCCUCUGGAACCUCAAAUUUCAAUUGACCAGAAACUGUCUGAGGGCUCUGGAGGAGAAGGAAAUGCUGGCAUGGAGGUUCCCGCGGAGAGUGAAAGGAUAGACGUGCAGGAAACGGGCGAGGUUGAACCAGACUUGGCUCCAGGCGAUGGCGACAAUGUGCCUGAAGAGGAAAAGACACAUGUUGAUUCGUCCUCUAAAAUGGUCAGUAAGGCAAUUGAGAGAGAAUUGCCUCUCAGGCGUUCUGAAAAACAGGGUAUUCCAGCACGAGUGAUUCCUUCAAGGGUGAAGGAAGCUGCAGUGAUUGAUACAGAGAGUAUGAUUAUAUGUGGAUAUGUGAAUGGUAGACCUAUUGGACAUUCUGACAGAUGUUUGCGUGAACGGCCAGCCAGAACCACCCCAGAGUCUACUCCAACUAAGACUAAACGCCCCACUAAGGCGUCUCUGAAACAGACUGAGAACCCUUCUGAGAACACGGCUGAGAUUCCACAAGUCUCACCUGAGACUCCUCUCACCCCGAUCCCUGCUGGGGAAAGCGUCAAAAGCCCUUCGUCGAAGCGCCUCACCAAGGCCUCCCUGAAACAAUCUGAGAAAUAUUCUGAGAACAUGCCAGAGGUUCCUCAAGUCUCACUCUCUUCAGCUGAAGUGAUCAAAAGCCCUGUGUCCAUACGGCCCAAAAGAACCCCUAAAGCUAAAAUCACUCAGAACCUGCCUGACACACAGACCCCUGCUGAAACAAGCCAGAACAUGUCUGACACAAGGACCCCUAUUGCCCCUAUAACAGCAAGCCAGAGCAUUCCUGACACUCCUCAAGUCCUAGACACACCAAUCAACUCCUCCAGGAGACCUGAGUCCAGACAACCCCUCAGAUCUGCCAGACUGCAACAGGCAGCAGCUGUUGCCUCCCCUCUCGUCCCUGACGCCUCAUCUCUCAUCCCUGACGCCUCACCUCUCAUCCCUGACGCCUCAUCUCUCAUCCCUGACGCCUCAUCUCUCGUCCCUGACGCCUCCCCUCUCGUCCCUGACGCCUCCCCUCUCGUCCCUGACGCCUCCCCUCUCGUCCCUGACGCCUCCCCUCUCGUCCCUGACGCCUCCCCUCUCGUCCCUGACGCCUCCCCUCUCGUCCCUGACGCCUCCCCUCUCGUCCCUGACGCCUCCCCUCUCGUCCCUGUCCCCUCCCCUCUCGCCCCUGACGCCUCCCCUCUCGUCCCUGACGCCUCCCCUCUCGUCCCUCCUGUCCCUGUCGCCUCCCCCUCGUCCCUGUCGCCCCCUCUCGUCCCUUUCGCCUCCCCUCUCGCCCCUGUCGCCUCCCCUCUAGUCCCUGUCGCCCCCCCUCUCGUCCCUGUUGCCGUCCCUGACGCCUCCCCUCUCGUCCCUGUCGCCUCCCCUUCUGUUGAAGGGGCUGUUACUUUUAUUGUUGCCCCAGAACCGUCUACCUCCCUCCCACUCCCCUCCACUGAGCUCAACCCUUCCCUCCCCAUUGCCUAUCCUCUUCUUCCUAUUGUCUCCCAUCUCUUCCCUUCAUCUCAUCAAAACAGUGCAGUCACCCAGAGCUCUGCAGAGCUGAAAGUUCAAAAAGCUCAGCCAGCUCCAAAUGCCAAACCCAGCGAGACAGAGAAAACAGCAGAGGAAACUAGGGUGCAAACUAGACCGAAGCUCAGGUCGUCAAUGAUGGUAGCAAAGGAAGUUGAAAUUGUUGAGAGUCAGCAAGUUAGCAGUGAGGAUUCUGCUCUCACAGAGGGUACAACCAUUAAAAAGAGUGAGGCCCACACACAAAGUAGUCCACUAAGAAGCAAAAGAACUCUCAAAAAGGAUGGAGAAUCAAGAAAAUUGACUUUGCUGAAAAACUCAGAGGAACCUACUUUGCAAAAGAAGACAGAGGCACCAACUUUAAUGGAUAACAAAACUUCAUCUGAAUGUUCCAGUAGGUCUUCCGUCAGCAGUGCUUCAGACAAACCUGGGCGAAUGCCAUUGAGGAGUGAGAGUAGUAAAACGGACGUGGCCAGCCAGUCCAUUACCCUGGCAACCCCACCGACCCCAGUGGAGAACAGAAAGUCAGCUUUGAGGGCCCAGAGGUCGCCCACACCCUCGACCAGUGCUCCAAUCACAGCUGAGAAAUGGAGUGAAGUGGCAUCUCCCAUUAGGCUGAAAUCCCCAGUGAGACUCCCAUCACCAAUCAGGUUCAAAUCAGAGAGGAUCAUCAAGUCUCCAUUGAGGGAAUCACCUUUGCUGGACAGUUCCCCUCUGCCCUCCAGCUCAGUCACUCCUCUCCUCCUGCCCAAGCUGGAGCUUCCAGUACAGACUCGACACAAGUUCCUGGAGUUACUGGAUGUAGUGGAAAACCAACAGAAAAUCUCCUCUUUGAACACCAGGUUCGAUAAGAUGCAAAGAGGCUGGGUCCAGAUGGACAAAGAGGGACAUCCAACGCCAAGACACAAAAAUAAGGCAGACAGACAGGCAGCGAUAUGGAAGAGUAAGCGCAGGGUUCGCAAGCCCAAGUCUUCGGAUCAUCAGAGGUACUCGCUAGUUCAAAUGCUUUUCAAGAACGAUUUGGACCUAGCCAGCAUUUGCCACUGGUACAUGGAGUCAACAGAAACCCAAUCGCUGGUCAUCGUAAAGAAGGUGAACACGCGUCUUCCCUCUGAGACCCAGCUGCUCUUCCCCGGUAUGUCCCAAAGGCCAUCUCAAGGGGUCUUCCCUAGCCUUCAAGCUGAGCGCUUGAAGAAACACUUGAAGAAGUUUGCCAUGGCUUCCCCUGUGAAGAGCAACCCCAAGAGUCAGAAGCUGAUUGCUAAAGCCCUGGAGCAGGAGGUCAGUACAAGUAUGCCCAAAGGGAAGGAAAAGAGAGAGCUGACUACAGCUACCCGGAUCUCCACCAAAGCCUAUGUUUCCUCUGCAGAGGCACAGGUACAACCAGCCGAUGGCCAGAAGGCCUCAGUGAAGGCCAAGAACCCAGCCAGCGCCCGGAUCCUAAGGAAGUACUCCAAUAUAAGGGAGAAGAUGCAAGGUCAACAGAGCUCCAAGAAUCCGAAAGGGGCCCCAAGAAAAGAGCUUGAAGUUUCCAAAGUCAAACCCUCUAAACCCCCAAAGAAAAAAUUGGCAAAACCGUCAAAAUUGAAACCGGCCAUUUCCCAGAGGCAGAAAUCAUCCGUUUCUGGUGAUAAAUGUGUAAAGGAGACAAGUGUAGUAAAAACAGAGCGAGCACAGCCAUCUCCUAGUAGAAAGCCUCCAGUAAAAGCUGCUGUCCUGGAGAGAUCAGUCAAGAUCAGCAGAAGCAGUAGAACCUUAAGAGAUCUCAGUAGGAAAGAGAGUGCAUCACCACAGAGGUCUCCCCAAAGAGUAAUGACUCCAAAAGCACAGAAAAACACCCCUUCUCCUGCCACCGUCCUGAAGACAGGCUUUAACAAGCAGCAGGUUGGAGCAGAGAAGGCAGUGGUGGAUAAGACUAUGGCAACAAAAGGUCAAACAAAGAGACCCUCUCAGAGUAGAGUCUUUGAGACUAAAGUCACUGAAAGUAAAGGUACUGAGCGCAAUGGCGCUGAAAGUGCUGCAGAGACUCCUCAACAGAACAUGGACGUCAAAGCACCAGGUUCUCCUGACCAGGUUCUCACUAGGUCACAGAGGAAGAUGGAGGCCACUCCACCCCCCUCCGUCCCUCAGAGUGCAAGCCCUAAGCCUGCCACUAAGAAAGCAAAUGAACAUGCUCAGAGUGGAACUCCUAAGGGUGCCACAAAGAGAGCUCUGGAGCCUACACAUACUGUUAGUACAAGCCCUAAGCCUGCCAUAAAGAGAGCCAGUGAACCUGCUCAGAGCGGAACUCCUAAAGGUGCCACAAAGAGAAGCCAGGAGAGCCCACAGACUCCAGCCAAGCGCACCAGGACAUCCCUACAGAAAUAAAGCUUGUGUGCAGACAUGGACUGUAACAGCCAAUCUGAUGACAUUUAGUUGUUUUGUUUUUUUCUGGAAUAUAAUAGAAAGGACUGGUAGUAUCUAUUUUUGUGUGUACUUCCCAAGCGGUGUUGGUAAAUGAUCGUUUGGAAGGAGAUCGACAUGCUGAAGAAAGAGGAAAAAUAGUGCUUUUGUCUUGUUUAGUGUUGUCUAACUGGCCUGGAGAUGUAUCUUAUUAUAAGGGUAUAUCUGCAUUGUAAACAUGUAAGCCAUUUUAUUUUGGGGUUUGAUGCAGAGCUGAUUAGUUAUUCAGACUACAGCAUGCCAGGUCCUCCACCUUUGUUUGUCCAAGUUUUUUAUAUCAUAGUGUCUAUUCCACGGUUUGAAAAAUAGGGAGGUUUACUGGCAUGACAACAUCAGCACCAUGUUGCUACGAAAUAAAUGAUGAUGUUCUCUGACUGUAGCACAGCUCAGGUUUCACUGAACAUUCUCUUGGAACUAUAGCCUAUAUUCAUCAAUGUCUCCCGCCCAUCUCGCAAUCAAGGAGUUUGUGACUUUGUGAUCAGGUGCCUUAUUUAUC